AUGAAAGCUAGGAUUAAUGUGGAGGAUCAUGUUAAUGUUCAAUUUCGGAGCACUAACCAACCGGACUUGUGCCUUGAGAAGGGCAAAGCAGUGGCAUCUAUAGUGCUUGACAUUGAAACUGUGGAGACUAAUAAAAAGAGAGUUGCAGAUAAUCAAUUGGUACUUGUUACUGAGAUUGAAAGGAAUCCUCAGGUAGACUCUCAAGUCACAGAAAUCAUAGUCAAUCAAAUUGCCUCCCCCCAACAGGAUGUUGGGAGGAUUACAUCUAAGAACAAAUUUACGGACCUGAAUCUAGAGGGAGGGAAAAUUGUCGUGGACUUAAGCUCUGAAGCUCAAGCUAGUACCUCAAUCUACAAUGAGGGGACUAAGAAGAAGGAAAAAACAAAUGGAAGCAAACAUCCAUUGGGAAGUAAAAAGAAGAAAGCGAAAAAGAAAGACCAUGAGAUGGGGAAAUCCAAGGUGACUGAGCACCUAAUUCUCAGGAAAGUACUCCCCCCCUCAAUGAAGCUUGCAUGCUGGAACAUCUGA